AUGACGAGUGUUAAGUGGAAUUUAUUCUGGUUGCAUUUUUCGAGCUCGAUUUUUGAUUUCAAUUUGACGGUUUUGACUGCACCUUUUAUGGUUUUGCCCAAAUUUGCGGGAUUUCCGAUUGGAGUUUUUGGAAGGUUUUUGGGGUUUGGAGUUCCGAUUCAGAUGUAUUUUGUGUUGACUAUUGCGGCUUGUGAGUUUUUUUGAGUUUGAGAAAAAUUUACUGUUUCAUGGGAAGUUUGAGAAAGAAGAAAAUAUUUUUCGAAGUUGCGUGUAUGCAUUCAAUACCAAAAUUCUCGAAAAUUAUUUCAAAAGACAGAAUUUUGAAUUAAAAAAAACUUUUUUUGCGAAAAAUUUUACUGUUUUAUGAAAAGCUCGAUUAAAAACGAAACAUUUUUCCAAACUCAACAAAAUUUUCUAGAGCAAAGAUAUAAAACCAUAUAGUUUUUGAAACACAAAUUUUGAUUGUUGACUCAAAUCUCUGAAUUUUUCGGGAAGAAACUGCUGAAUAUCUCAAAACUAAUUUUUGAGUCAUAAUUUUUAAUUUUUCUUCAACUAAAAAAUUCACUGUUUCAUGUCAAGUUUGAGAAAAAAAGAAAGCAUUUUUCGAAGUUGCGUGUAUGCAUUCAAUACCAGAAUUCUCAAAAAUUAAUUCAAAAGCCAAAAUUUCUUUGAUAAAAAUAUCACUGUUUCAUAAAUAGUUUGAUACAAAAAUAUAGAUUUUUUGAAAUUCUCUUCACGAUUCCUGAUGAAUAAAAAUUUGUCACACGAAAAUUUACGUUUCAAAAAUUUCUGAAAUAAAAUUAAGGAGAUAAUCUCUGAUAAACUAAUCUACCUUUUUAGUGUCAAAAGAGAGUGUAGUUUUAAAACCACAAAAUACUGUUAACCCACGUCAGAAUGAAAAAUUAGCUAAUUUUUAGUCACCACAUCGAGAACAAUAACAAUUUGCACUUUCCACCUCAUGGCACAGAAUUUUCCCCCACACAUCAAAAAUUAAGAUAAACUUUGCAUUAAUUCUGAGAAAUUCGGAAAUAACGGCAAAAAUAACCUGAAUUUAAUUAUAGGUUUUAUUAAACUAAAAUGCAAAUAAAAACUUUUGGGAAAGUGAAUUAAGUUUCAAGUUGAGAUCAAAGAAUGUUAUUUAUUUUCGGGGACAAAGAAGUUUGAGGAAAAAAUAUCCUGAAAUUAAUUAUAGGCUUUUAAAAACUCAAUAGAAAAAUGCCAAGGAAGCCCAAUUUUAAACAUAGUCCAUAAUUGCACAGUCUACAGGAAUUCGAAAAAUCAAACUACAUACUUUCAGUCGUUGGAAUUUCGAUUCUGGGAGUUUUCGAAAAUCGAUAUGAUCGAAUAUUAUUGGAUUCAGAAAGUUUGAAAAAAUCAACACGAUUCAUUUUGUAUUUUAUCAAUUUUUCAAUGGCCAUCACUUUUUUCAUUCCAUCUUUGAUUGUUUUGCCGGAACAGGAAAAUGCGGUUGAAAUUGUUUUAAAGGUGGGUUUGGAAAAUAUUUUUGUUGUUGGAAAAUUCACUGUUUCAAAAGUUUAUGUAAAAAUUAAGCAAAAUUUUUAAUUCAAUAACAUUUGGAAAACGUUCCCGGAAAAAAUCACUGUUUCAAAAAUCACUAAAAUAUUCUACCAAAAAAUGUUUUUCAAUACAUAUUUUACUUUCUGGAGUAAAAAUUUUUCAAAAAAUAUCACUGUUUCAAAAGUUUUUCACACGUAAAAUUUUUUUUUGAAAAUUAGUAUCAACAGAAUUUUCCCGAAAGAAUUACUGUUUCGAAAAUAACAAAAAAUUUUCUACAAAAACAACUGUUUCAAACUUUUUUAAAACAAUUUUUAAUUUAAAAAAAAAAUAUGUUGAUUGUUCAAUUAGGCGUAUGAAAAUUCCGAAUUUUUUUCAAAAAAUAAUCUACUGUUUCAAAAAUAACAAAAAUAUUCUAGAAAUAUAUUUUUCAACAAUCCAUUUGCUCACAAUCCUUGAGUGAAAAAUCUUCGAAAAUUAGAGACAGAAAAUUAAUUUGUAAAUAACUAUUCCCGAAAAUUUCACUGUUUCAAAAGUUUUUCAUACCUACAAUUUUCAAUUUGAAAAUAUUGGUAAUCAAACGUUUUCUCAAAAUAAUUCCCAGUUUCACAAUGUUCAUAAUUUCAGUCCCUUCCAACCCAUGAAUUCUCCUACUACGAACCUCUUUAUGUUUUCGCAAUUCAACUCGUCCCUGCACAUUCUCUAAUAAUCAUAACAAGUCUAAUCAUCGAAUUCGAGAUUUUAUAUUUCGCUUUUCGAAUUUCUCAAUAUCUUCGUAAAGAAAACUAUCGAAUAUCAAAAAAUACUCGAUUACUUCAACGGAAAUUUUUCGUCGCUGUUUCGAUUCAGGUAAUUUUGAGGUUAGAGCUAAGGUCCUUUAAAAAUUGCAGAAAUUCAGAUAACCGUGCCAAUAUUUCUAAUACUUUUCCCAAUUUGUCACAUCGCUUAUGGAUUUCUGAUGAAUUAUCACAAUCAAAUUCUAAAUAAUUUAUUUAUUUUUAUCACCGCAAAUUAUGGAUUCAGCUCAUCAAUUUUGCUAUUAUUUAUACAUAAACCAUAUCGACAAGUCAUUAUUUUUUGCUCAAAUUCGAAUGUAGUUUCAACUAUACCACAUUCAAAUGUUGUGUUUUGA